GCUGCAGACAUUUUCUGUCACUGUUUUGUGGACGAGGCCAAAGUAGCACACACUGAGGAGACGGUAUUGAGCAUGAAUAUGUUGAUGCAAUUAGUUUUUGCUCUUUUGAUCAUCUGUUUUCUGCCUCUAAUGUCAGCGACAGUUGUUCAAGAUUUUAAUCACGUAGAGAGAUGCAAGGACUCCCUGUAUAUGGGGACACCACCGCGGGGGAUUGUUGACACAAACCUGAAGAAGAUCUGCCAACGCUACGCAGACAAACCUCGAUAUGUGACCCUGUACGACCCUCACAAGAGGAUUCCAGUUUACUCAGCUUAUACCUUCAAGAAAACGGAGGGAGACAGACGUGUGGACUACCCUUGGAUGUAUGAGCCACAGCUGGCAGAAGUCGAUGGAAAUGGGAACAUGCUGCCAUUCCCCACUGGCUACCUGCACAUGAAGUUUGAGGACAGCCAGGCAGUCCUUGAUGACUACUCUGAUGUGGUUCUCUAUGAGAGAGGUCAUCUGAACCCGGACCAGCACCAGUCCACCCCACACGACCGCGCUGCCACUUACACCCUGACCAACGUGGUCCCAGAGAUACGGGAGUUCAACAUCGGGCCAUGGCGUGAGUAUGAGGAGCGGAUCCGGGUCCGUCUCAACAACUUUUGCCGUGGCACUGCCUACAUUGUCACCGGGGUGACCACCAGGGGCAACAUGAUCCGCCGCAACAACCAGGACCGUGUGGCCAUCCCCGAAGAUGUGUGGUCCGCUUACUGCUGCACCGACUACGACCGCAAUGCACCUCACGACGUUCGCAUCCGCUUCCCAUCCCACGCAGCCCUGGCCAAAAACGCCAAAGAAAGCAACAGCGUUCAUGAGAUGCCAGUUCAAGAGCUUGAGAUCUUUCUGAAGAAUAACAUGGAUGUUGACCAGAACCUUCAGCUCUUCUAUGACAACUGCAUCUCUCCCUCACCCCUUCCUCUUUACCUGCAACACACCAUCUGAAAGCUCUACCAAUUAUAUCAUCCCUGUGCAUGUGGGUUUCUAUUUAUUUUCGUGAAUAAUGGUAUACUUUGUGCUUUUUUGCUCAAGACUAAAAGCAUGAUACUGUGAAAAUUCUCUGUAGAGGUAAUUUAAAAAUUUCCUUGUGGCUCAAUUAUUCUCUUAAGAAGAUAGUAAAAAAUUUUAAAGGUUCUUGAUAAUAUUACAGGAACUUAAUUGUUCAGAAAGGCUUUCUAGGUUGAAGUUUUCUUUCAUUUUAUCUCCUUUCAUUAAAAAGUGCUAAAUUUUACAGAACUACUAUGUUGGGAGAAGAAUUAUAAUACAAAUGUGUUGGAGGUUAUGCAAAUUGGCACAUUUAAUAAAACAUCUUCAUUUACUGGA